GCGCUGCUCGUUCUCGUUUUGCUGCGCGAGGAGGGAGAUCCUCCUUCACUUCUGCUCCUCUGGCUGCUGCGCUUCUGGGGAUUUCCUCGUUUCAGCUUCAGCCUCAGCCUCAGCAGCUGCGUGAGGAGCUCAGCCUGAUCACAGAGAGACAGAGAGGGAGACUGCAGUGAACCUCUAUCCCUUCGCUUCAUCCCUCCAUCCCUCCAUCCAUGCUCCUUUCAGAGGAUUAGCAGCAUGACUUCGGUGUGGAAGAGACUGCAGAGGGUGGGCAAGAAAGCCACCCGAUUUCAGUUCGUGGCCUCCUAUCAGGAACUUAUCCUUGAAUGCACUAAGAAAUGGCAUCCAGACAAGCUGAGAGUGGUGUGGACGAGGAGGAACAGACGCAUCUGCUCAAAGCUGCACGGUUGGCAGCCGGGCAUUAAAAACCCCUACAGAGGGAUGGUGGUGUGGCCAGUGCCCGAAAACGUGGACAUCACAGUUACACUCUUCAAGGAUCCUCAUGCAGAGGAGUUUGAGGACAAAGACUGGACAUUCAUCAUUGAAAAUGAGACGGCGAAGGGUCACCGGAAGGUUCUGGCGUCCGUGGAUGUGAACCUGAAGAAGUUUGCGAGUGCGACGGUGACGCAGACGGACCUGAGCCUGCGGAUGAAGCCGCUGUCGGUGAAGGUCGUGGAGGCCACGCUCAAACUGUCUCUGUCCUGCGUCUUCCUCAAAGAGGGGAAAGCAACUGAUGAGGACAUGCAGAGUGUGGCAAGUCUGAUGAGCGUGAAGCCGCUGGACAUCGGGAACCUGGACGAUUUUAACGAGAGCGAUGAGGAGGAGGAUAAACGGUCCAGCACCGGAGCCUCAAUCAGCGCCGCUCCCUCUGCUCCUGAGCGGUCAGCAUGCAGCAUGGAAAAAAGACCGUCAAUAAAGAGUCCACCUGCUUUAGAGCUGCAGAGGGAGCUGAACACUCUGACUGAGGAGGACAGCACUAAUCCCUUCCUGCAGGAUUUAAAGACCCCAGAGCCUCUUCCUGAGGUAAAGAGCUCUGAGGCCUGCCGACCUUUGACCCUGAGCCAGGCCGGGGGGCAGCAGCGCCCCUCUCGGGCCGCCGGCAGCAUCAGCAUCGCCGGAUCUCCGUCACGGCUCAGUGGAGGAGAGACUACAGACACGCACAGCACUGCGGGAGGAUCACGUCUGCAUCCGGAGAGCAGAGCGGCCGCUGUUUCUCUUGGAUCGGACGCAGAAUUUCUGACCCUUCCUCCUCCUCCUUGGCCUUUUUCUCUGACGGCUUCAGAAGUGUGUGAAAAACCAAUACAGGAGGUCUUCAAAUCUCCGCCCUUCAGCUCCACAAAGACACGUCCGCACAGACCUGGGGCAGGAAAGCCGCCGCUGGCUGAAGAAGAGCCGGAUUUUAAGGAGGACUGGAUUUAUACAGUCGGAAGACCUAAACCUGUUGUGAAGGACACACCAGAAGAGCUCCAGCUUACUGCACAUCAACCUCCAGCCUCUAAACCUGAGGAGAAGGCCAUGGCCGAAGAAGGAUCUGCCCUCAAAGCUCCUCUUAUUCCAGAGGAACCCUCACUGCCUGAGGCCUUCGCUGCUCCUGAGCUGUCUGAAGCUCAGACUGGCCUUCAGGAAGGAGACUCAGAGGAAGAGUUUAUUUCUUCCAACCUGAAUGAAGUUAAACUCUUUGUAGAAGAACAUGGUCAGUUAUCAGAUCAGCCUCGGCCUGAAUCAGCCAAAAUGCCGAGGCUGGGAGAGGAAGCGGGGUCUCAGAGCGCUGAGUCGGCCGUUAUCUCUGCAGACAUGAACAGGUCAGACGAGGAGAAGGUUCUGAUUAGAAUAGCGACCGCUCCUGCAGAGGAGACCGUCUCCUCGAAAAGAUCUCCGCAGGCUGGUCCACCUGAGGGUCAGGAUGAUAAGAGGCAGGCUGAUUGGUCCAAAACUUGUCAUGUGACCCAGGCUGCUGUACCUGAGGACAGCUUGAAUGAAAUUCCUUUGAAUUUGGAUCUGGAGCCUCUUCCGAAACCCACCCAUCCCAGCACUGACAGAAACACGGACACUCCCCCCACCCCUCCCCAAACCCAAAUAAAAUCAUCAGCACAAACUCUGCCGGACUCGCCCCAGCCUGGGCUCACUCCGGAGCGUUCAGGACCUCCUGAAGAACCAUCGGCUCAGACGGAGGAUCCCAUCUGGGCCUCUUUAGAGCAGAAGGUGAAGGAACAGAAGGAAGACGGAGACGCUGGAGAAGAAACGUCCAACGAUAAAACAACAAACAAGCUGGAAAAUGAGGACAGUGAGCUUGGAGUUCUGCUCGAAGUGGAUGUUGGUGGAGAUAAAGCCAGAGCAGAAGACACGAAGAAGCCUGACCUGAGUGAACCAGACGCCUCCAUUCCCGUUAAAGCACAACCGGUAACGAGUAUUGUGAAAGAGGUGGAAGAUAAAAGUGAUGUUCCAUCCGUGGUACAGUCUGCGUCUCCUUCUCCACCCACCAGGACCUCACUGCACCUAGAGAACCUUUCUCCUGUUAUUAACACGACACUAAAUGAAGAUGUAGACAGAGCGGAUCUGAAGACGAAGGCCACUCCUGAAGCGGAGAGUCCGCUCUGGGCCAGUUUGGAGAAGAAAGUUAAGGAGAAAGAGGCUGAGGAGUUACGCUCAGGCAAACUGGAAGCUCCUCAGGCUCUUCUGGAUAAUGGCCGUUUUGCAGAGGAAUUAGAAGCUGAAGCCCGUCUGGAGGAGCCAGAGGACUUUGCUUUGAAUCGACCUGAAGAUAUUAGCGCCAUAAGCUCCAGCACGGAGUCUAGGAAGGCGUUUGGAGCUCAGAUGGAACGUUCUGCUUUGGAAAACAACCUCAGUAGUGACUUCAAUGCUCCUCAGAUUGAACGUCCUGCUGAUUCAGACCAACAAGAAGAUGGAGAAACAUCAGUUUCAGAGAGAAAGACUGAGCUUUCGCUCGAGCUGGAUUCUUCUGAUGUGGAUCAGGGCGUUCCAUCUGACCAGGAGGAGGUUUCUCCCGGCCUGAUGAGGGGGAUAUUUGGUGUUCUGUACAGAGGUUAUGAGACAGUGGCCUCCAUACUGAUCCAGCCAAGCCCUGCAGAACCCACCAAACCUGACGAUGAAGAAGCUGGAGACCAGGAAGCCCCUGAGAUUGAAAUUCGUCCACCUGAACCGUUCUGUGACACUGCAUUUACAAACCUACCUGAAGCUGCUAAAGACAACAAAGAUUCUGUUUUGGGUGAGGAAAGCAAGACGAAACCUCCAGCAGAGCCUACAGGAAGGAGCCUGGUGGAGUGUUUGAGACUGGCUGCCUCAGAGGUUGAGAGAGGAAGAGGAGUUUCUGAACCAGAACCUGAAACAAGCAUCACUAAGAGAACAGUGUGCGUAGAAAAGAUGAUGGAGGAGCCACCAGCACUGGAAAAUGAAAUAGAGAGAGAUGAACCAGAGCCUGAAACAAGCACCAGUGUGAGAUCAGCACCUGAAGAAAAGAUGGAGGAACCACCAACAAUAGAAUCCAGGAGAGACGAACCAAAGCCUGAAGAAAACAAACAUGCAGUAUUGAAUGUUGAGAAGAUCACAGAGCCAUCAACGACUCCAGAAACUGAUAAAAGCGUGAACAACAAGGACGCACUUGGGGUGUCCUCCACGAAAGAGUUUCCUCCUUUGAAGGAAGUGGAUUUCGAUAUGAUCGCGAGUGAAGAGUGCUUACGAAAAGCUAAUGAAGAUGAACCUGGGAAUAAAGGUGAAGGCCAAGAGAAGAAGGAGACUCUUCUGAGGCCUGUGUUCCUGUCUGAAGCUUUGGAGGACGAGGUGGAGUUCGAGUCAGGUCAGGAGGAUGUGGGCACUGUAUGGCUGGCUGAGCUCUAUAUGGAUGAUGGCCCAAAGGAAUCACCUCUGGUAGAACCGGACCUUUCUCCUGUCCUGCCAGCUGCAUUGGUCAGUACAAAGCUUGCAGCAAUAUCAGAAGAAUCUCCAGCAGAGCAGCCCAUUUCUCCACGAGCUGCCAAUGUUCCAUCCUUUCAAAGUGGAAAGAAUGAGAGAACCCAUCCAGUGCCUUCACAGGAAGUUGGCCCUCAUGCUAUGAAGCCUGUUUCAACUGGCAAUGCUCCAGUUCCUCUACAGCGCAAUAAAAAAAAAGAUAUUACCACAACGCCUGCCAAGGAGGAAAGCAAAAGUAAGGAUGAGGACAACCUAAGGCAAUUGAGCGUCUCCUCACCAGCGGAAGGCGCUGUUGAGGUUAGCAUGGGUGUAACUGACAGAGGCACUGAUAAAGAGAAGAAAGAGAGUUCCCUGAUUGAGGCCACAGCUGCAGUAGUCACUAAAGCUGAAGAACAGCUAGAAGGUGUGAAAGUGAAGAGGGCGGUUGGCUCAGGAAAGGAUGUCUCUCCAAGGAGGUCCGUGGUUGAGAAACCUCCUGAGCUUUUAAAAGAAGCUACUGAAGAACCUGCCGAUGUUUUGGAAGAGGAAAUCCUGCUGGAGAAGAUUCGCCAAAUGGCACAGGACACUGAAGACACUGAGGAAAAGAACGUUCCUGUUCCGGUUCCUCGUACCAGGAGGCGUCUCAUUCCCUCUGAGUCUGACUUUGAACUCCCCCCAACUCCACCCCUUCAACUCAAGGCAGACACCACCACAUGGUCCGAUCUCUCUGUGGACCAGAAUAAGCUUCCUGCUGCUGAAGUCACCGAAAUACCAACAUCGGCGACCUCUGUGGAAGCUGGUGUAGAUGUUGCCAAGUUGAACACAAAUGAAAAGAGGCAGUCUGAAAGCCUAUCUGAGAUUUUUCCAGCGACCACAGAGUCAUCAGACAAGAAUGUCUUGGGGGCCACAGUAUCAGGGGAUGACCAAGAGAAGGUCCUGGUGUCAGGAGAUGAUGAUGAGGCUUCAGAAAGUCCAAAACAGUCCAAAGAAAAUGUCCCCAUAGAAGCAAAUUCAGUAGCAGCUGAAAUUGGCCUUCCACCCCUGACUGUUCCCACCAACCAGACAGAGGAAGCAGCAAACAGGGCUAGACCAGAGGAGCUUGAUUUGAAGGUGAAAAACGAAGAGGCUCAUAUAGAAACACUGACAGCUUCUGCAGAUCUGGAUGAUUUAUCUAGAAUGUCGCCAAAGGAUUUAUCUGGAUCACCUGCCUCAGGAACUGCUGAAGCUGCAUCUGCUGGACACGCUGAGGGUCAGCCUUCCACAGAGAGCCCACAGCUCCAGACUGACCCGACUGUAGAAACAUCACCAGCUGUUCUGCCCCUCAAACGCAGCAAGAAGAAAACAGUCCCACCACCGGUGAGCCUGGAGGAGGUGAAGCCAGAAGAAUCAGGAGGAGACGCACCAGCACCUGAGCAGAGAUCCUCUCCUCUCCCCAGUCCUGGUCUGGUGACCUCCAGCCAGUCUCUGCUGCAGUGGUGUCAGGAGAUAACUAAGAACUACAAAGGUGUGAAGGUCACUAACUUCAACACUUCCUGGAGGAACGGCCUGGCGUUCUGCGCCAUCCUGCACCACUUCCACCCCGACAAGAUUGAUUUUGAUGCGCUGCAGCCUCACGACAUCAAGUUCAAUAACAAGAAAGCGUUUGAUGAGUUCGCUGCUCUUGGUAUCUCUCGUCUGCUGGAGCCGUCCGACAUGGUCCUGCUGUCCGUUCCUGACCGGCUGAUCGUGAUGACGUACUUGAGCCAGAUCCGGACGCACUUCACCGGUCAGGAGCUCAGCGUGCUGCAGAUCGAGCACAACAGCAGCCAGACCAGUUACGGCGUGGCGGAGCCACCCGGUGGUCCGGAUGUGGAUGCCGCCGCCCGAUUCUGCGCCCAGCGGCUGCAGGCCGGAGCUCUGUCAGGGGAGGCCAAUGGAACGCACGCGCAGGGGGAGAACGCAAAACCGAACGGAGGCCUGGUGCCCCCACCCAGGGCCAAACGGGUGGGCCGGGCAGAGGAGAAGAGGCCAGAGGCGGGGCAGACACCUGUGGCUCCGCCCCGGCCGAACGCGUCCAAGCUGAACCUGGGGCAGGUGAGGGACGCGGACCUGCUGAAGAAACACAGAGCACAGAGUAAAGGAGAAUCGGGGGAGGAGCCUGACCAUCAGGAGCAGCACAGCAAGCAGGUAAAAGCUGAGGAGUCUGGCGCCCCUGCAGGUCAAUCCGAGGGCUGUGAGGUGGACAGUGGGUCCCGGCCAGCGGAGGAGGACAGUAUGCGUCUGCAGGAUACCAGUCAGUAUGUUCUGAGCGAGCUUCAGGCUCUGGAGACGGAACAGAAACACAUCGACAGCAGAGCCGCCGUGGUGGAGCAAAGACUGAGACGACUGAUGGAGACGGGCAGCGAUCAAGACGAGGAGGAGAAGCUGAUCCAGGAGUGGUUCACUCUGGUCAACAAGAAGAACGCUUUGAUCCGCAGACAGGACUAUCUGGAGCUUCUGCAGGAGGAGCAGGAUCUGGAGAGAAAAUUCGAGCUGCUGACCAGAGAGCUGAGGGCCAUGAUGGCAAUUGAAGAGUGGAAGAAGAGUCAGGCUCAGCAGCUCCGUGAGCAGCUCCUCCUGCAGGAGUUGGUCAGUCUGGUCAACCAGAGGGACGAGCUGGUCAGGGAUAUGGACGCCAAAGAGAGAGGCGCGGUGGAGGAGGACGCGCGGUUAGAACGCGGUCUGGAGCUCCGGCGCAGGAAAUACAGCACCAGCAAGGACAAGUGUGUGCUGCAGUAAGGAACUGCAGGGCAUUCUGGGAUACACGCUGGAGGACCCGGUCAGGACCCGGUCACUAAUACAGCACCGGACACCACAGUGCCUUUCGGAACCCCUCUCAGAGAGAAACCCGAUCAUCACCACCUUCAGGAGAACGUUCUUCAGCACUGAACAUUAAUCUGCACUCGGUUCUGCCGGAGAACCUGCUGGAGAACCUGCUGUGCAGCAAUUAAACUGGAGCUGGUUGUGUUGUAUUUUCUUGUUUUGCCAAAGACGGAUCUGCGUGAUGAUCUGUAAACCAGCAUCACUCAGCUCUGCGUUUAUUGAUUGUUAAUCAUGAUCGAUUGAGCUGAUGAGUCUCUGCCGGACUUUGAUGGUCAGUCGGUCAGUAACUGUUCAGAUGAAUGUAUUUUGUCUUUCUUACGCGCCGCAGUGCCUUAAAGGUUUGACACCUUUGACUGACGAUGUUCUGUGUGUUUUCUGAUUUUGUUUGUUUAUUUAUGAAUGUUUUAUAGAGAUAUUUGAAAAAGAUAUAUUUGAUCACCUAUAUUCUUUAUGAUUUAACGCCUGAUCACUGAGAGAGAGAGAGGUUAAUGAUGUUCUCUGUAAGUGGACUGGUCAGUUCUGCUGUUUCUGGCAGGCCUUAAAGGGGAACUCCACCAAUUCCUGCAUAAUGAAAUGGUUCAGAUGUAAACAGAGCGGUUCAGAGGGGUUCAGAGUGGUUUGGUGUGAAACUUACCGA